AUGCUGCUUACGGCACACUUCGACUCGGCUGUUCCAGAGGGUGUCCGUGAAUCAGCAGAUGCCCUCGGUUCCAUGGGUGUAGGCAUGGCAGAUGAUGCUGUGGGCGCCGCGGCAGUUCUCGAGUGCUUCCGCGUCUUGGCCACAGCUUCCGAGCCACCACUGGUGGACGUCAUCCUACUGCUCACCAAUGGAGAGGAGGUCGGAUAUCUGGGGCUGGACUCCUUUAUGGGGUCCAGUCCCUGGGCCCAGGACGUAGGCUUCUUUGUGCAGAUGGACCAGAGCGGCGCCCGCGGCCACGCGCUGGCCGUCUUCGGGGAUGCGCAAUCAGGUGAAAAGGCCGCUGCUUUCGCCUAUCAUGCUGGCGCGGUGCAUCCCCGCACCAGCGUGUUGCUGCGGGAUUUCGAACCUUGGGAGGACUUGAAUACCGACGGUUCAAGGCUGCGAGGCACCUACGGUGUGCCUGGCAUUGGUAUGUAUAUGAUGGAGGACCGGUGUCCCUACCACACGAUCUACGACGACCUUAGCCAUAUUGUUCCCGGGAAUUUGCAAGCUCAUGGAAACAACUUCCUGGGCAUCAGCCGUGCUGUGACAGGAAGUGAAGCUAUCUUGGACAUGUGGGCAAGAAGCGACUCGGAUCUCUUGGGGGAUGCUUACAGCAUUGACUUGCUGUCCUCAUCCAUGCUAGUGCUGACUCCCACAUCCAUGGCUGUGCUUUACCUCACCGUUGGCGUGUUCAUUGUUGUGGUGGUUGUCCUCCUGGCGUUCCUUGACCCACGAGGGCGGACUGUGGCCGUGGUGGACGUGGCCUUGCUGGCUUCGGCCCAUCUGGCUUCUGUCGUAGCGAGCUUGGUGGUGGCCUUCGCCAUAGCCGCCUGCGUCGGCUUGAAUUUCGGCUACUGGUACCGUCGGGAUGGCAUGGCCGUUUGGCUCUACGUGUUUCCCAGCCUGUGCGUGCAGCUGCUUUUUGGCAGGGUCGUGCUUCUCCGGCGCUUCGCGCAGGACUCUCCCGAGGUCGUGCAAUGGCACUCCAGCGCCGCGCUGCUGGUGCUUCUGUUUCUGCUGUCGGUGCUUCUGGCAGUGGCAGGCUUACACCUCUCCCUGCUCUUCGGCAUGUGCGCGCUGACGCGCCUCGCAGGGCUAGGGCUUCAUCUUGGCAUCGGCCUCCUCAUGCGACGCUGCGACUUUGCCAAGACGGAACGCGCAAAAGGAGUCCUAGCGUGGUUGGGAAUCGCGUCAGAGCUCACUCUGGCCUCCUUGGGCUCCAUGUACUUGCUGGACGCGAUGCGCUUCGCGGUGCUGAACUUCACGACGAGUCUGGGCGAGGAGGGCGCCGUGCUUCCAGGCGAGCUGACGCUGGCUCUGUAUGUUGGACUCUUUGGAGCCCUGGCGAUGCUGCAGAGCGGCGCCAUUCAGGUGCUCUCAACGAAAUGUACUUUUGCGGGACAUGUACUCGUGAUGGCGCUGUUGGUCAGCCUCUGCUUGGUCAUUGCAGCCCUGGCACUUCCCGUGCAUGGCAAGUACCCUUGCGAGGUGCCAGGCGUCAUGUAG